GAUUCCACAUGCAGCAUCAACAGCCCUGAAAAGUAGGUUAGCGGAGGAGCGAGAAGAGAAGGCGGAGGAAGAUUGGUGUUUGCAUCAGCGGCACUCGCUCGGAGUUACGAAGCCGGCAGGAAAAAGCGAAGCAAAAACCGUGCAGAGGGGUGAAAAAAAGGCAGGACUGCGCCGAGCAACAUUUCCCUAAGAUUUGCGUAGAUUCGGAUGAGUGAUCAGGAAGCAUGAAGGCUCAAAUUGAAGUUAUCCCCUGUAAGAUAUGUGGGGACAAAUCAUCGGGCAUCCAUUAUGGUGUCAUCACCUGUGAAGGCUGUAAGGGUUUCUUCCGCCGCAGCCAGCAGAACAACGCCAUGUACUCCUGUUCAAGGCAGCGGAAUUGUCUCAUUGACCGGACAAAUCGAAACCGCUGCCAACACUGCCGAUUGCAGAAGUGCCUCGCUCUUGGAAUGUCCCGUGAUGCUGUGAAGUUUGGCCGCAUGUCCAAGAAGCAGAGGGACAGUCUCUAUGCAGAGGUACAGAAGCACCAGCAGAGCCAGGAGCAGGCCAUGUCCAAGGAAGAUCCUGACAUGCUGACCAGAGCCUACAGCAAUAGCUCCAGUAUGGGCCUCAGUGACCUCGAUGACAUCACUACAUUGCCAGACAGCCUGCUGUUUGAUCUCCCACUGACCCCUGAGAGUGCUAACAGCUACUACAGCUUGGACCUAUUGGGUUCAGCCCAAUCUUCACCUGAGCAGUCCAGCAUAGAACUUCUGGAUGCCAAGUAUAUCAAGCAGGAGUACGAACUAUUCCAUGAUUCCAGCCUCUCUUGCCAUGGCGGGCGUUUGCCCUUGCCUGAGGGCAUCUCCAUGCUGGAAAUUGAGAGGGCGUCACAAAAUAUUGUCAAGUCCCACCUGGAGACCUGCCAGUACACACUAGAGGAGCUGAAGAGGCUCACGUGGACCACGUACAGCCAAGAAGAGGUCCGGGCAGCACAGAGCAAGAGUGCAGAUGUUAUGUGGCAGGAGUGCGCUCUCCAGAUUACCAAUGCCAUCCAGUACGUGGUGGAGUUUGCCAAGCGCAUCACGGGCUUCAUGGACCUCUGCCAGAAUGACCAGAUAAUCCUCCUCAAAGCAGGCUGUCUGGAAGUUCUCCUCAUCCGCAUGUGCCGAGCGUUCAACCCCAUCAACAACACGCUGCUGUUUGACGGAAAAUACACCGGCCCCCAGCUCUUCAAGUCCCUCGGCUGUGAUGACCUCAUUAAUGCGAUAUUCGAACUCGCCAAGAGCCUGUGCCGCCUUCAGAUGACAGAAGAGGAGAUGGCUCUGUUCAGUGCAGCUGUGCUUCUUUCACCUGACCGGCCCUGGCUGAAUGACACUGCAAAAGUACAGAAGCUUCAGGAUGUUGCCUACCUGGCACUUCAGGAUACUUUGCAGAGGAAUGGGUCUGGAGAAGAGAAGCUAACCAAGAUGGUGUCCAAGCUGCCCAUGAUGAAGUCCAUCUGUAACCUGCACAUUGACAAGCUGGAGUUUUUCCGGCUCCUUCACCCUGAGACGGCCUACAAUUUCCCCCCUCUAUACCGUGAAGUCUUUGCCAGUGAGGUGCAGUAUCUCUGUCCCAGCGAGAGCUAAAACCUUAUGGGGAUCAAGCCAAAAGAAACCCGAGAACCAAAACCAAGGCAUGAUGGCUCCUCCACUUUCCUGCUGGCCAAGUUGCCAACACCUGCCCUGCCUGCCCCACCCCUUGGCAAUUUGAUAGCACUUUGUUGAAUGUAGCACUCCUUGGGGGGGAAAACAACAAAACAAAAUUGGCCCACUGAAUGUAUAUAUUCCUUCUCCUUGUAUCUUCUGGGGAACAAGAAAUGGGACCAAGAAAAAGCUAGGGUUGCAUUCACCAUCCUCCAUACUGACCUCCAUCACACAGACUUCUGACCAGAUGUGAAGACUGGUGGAAAUUCUUCAGGGCCACUUAGUACUGCUGACCACUACAGUUUAUUCACCUCCCUUGAUGCUUCAUGUUUUCUGUUGAUAUCCUCUCUGCUGGAGUGGAGCAACGCUGGGCAGGACUGAUGGACAUGGACAUGGACAUGGACAUGCUGUACCUCACGUGCCCUCCCUGUUUUUUUACCCAGGCCCCUCACUCUGAUUGUCUAGUUUUGUAAGAGGUCCAGGGUUCAAGGUCAGUAUUGUUCUCUCUGUAUGCUGACACUGCUGCUCAAUUUGACAAACACCCCCUAGCCAUUUUGUGAUGGGGACAAUGGUGGCAGAGCACUUUGCUGGGGGGUUAGCUACUUGUCCUAAUUGUGUGAUUGAGAGUGGGCUCAAAUGACGAAGUCCGUUCUAAAUUGUUGGAAGUGAAGAGGAAUCUCUGUUAAGAUUUUUGUCGGCCUCAGCAGCAGGUAUAAGAGAAUUAGUCGAGAAGUCAUGAAGGCUGCGUUGGGGAGAAAAGGUUUAGCAGAACUGAAGACGGUACUGCAGGCGUCUACUGGUGUAAGCGAGCGAGCGGGUGGUCUGGCGAGAGUCUGCUCUUUUGUUUUAUUUUGAAGCGGGUCUGUGCAAUAGGGUGGAGCGCCCUCUACUGGGAGUGGUUGGGACAUAACAGAUGUAAUAAUAUCUGUGAGGAGAGGUUGGGUUUAAAUCACUGUGGUUGGAGAACGGAGUGGUUUUACUUCCAUGCAAGUUGAGACGUUGGGUAUAUGGCUUCCCAUUAUGGACGAGCAAAGGUUCCCACUGCAUAACGGGUGACUCACUGGGCUGUGUGUGUGUUCGUCUCUCUCUCUCUCUCUGUCUCUGCGGACCCAGGCCAAUGGCUGCUCUGUCUACACGCUGUCUGCCUCUUCCUCUGUGUCUGCAUGUGGUCCACUGCUGCUCUGUGGUCCCAGGCUUAUUCUGCACGGUGAGCUCAAGCUCUGGUCUGCUCCGUUGCUUCCUCUCUCUUUCUCUAUGCACGUCGUCCAAGGAUGUCUGCCGCUUUGCCAGUUUCUCUCUCUUCUCUCCUAACGCAGUUGGCUGCUCUGCUCCACGUAGAGUUUCGGUGGUCUAUGUUAUACCGUUGGGAUGUUUAGCUGCCCUUUCUUGCUCUGCAUACGAGUCACGGUGACCUCCCUUUCUACCCCUAAUGAGGUAACCACGCUGCUUUGUCCCUACUAGAAGGUUAUGGGGUUUGCCCACAGAUCUGAAAAGGUGUGACGGGUGAGGCUUGGCUUACAAUCCAAGUUCAUUGAAGGCUUUUUACUAAAGUAAAGCCCCCCCUACACUUACUGUUUUUAAGGGGUGCAGGUUAGUUUUGAAGUUUGGCUGUGUUGGUGGCCAAGGCUACCCGGUGAGCUCAAGGUGCUGGCAGCAUUCUCAGCCCAAAGUGAGCGAGACCCGUCAGACUGGCAGCGUUUCACCACACAGUGAUGUCUUCGUGUUACAACGAGAAGCGAGACUACAGAACAUUUUGUUGUCUUCUCUUCUCUUCUCUUUUCUUUUUUUAUUUGUCAUACAGCACACCUCCAGCAGGGGGCAAUCCGUUUGAUGGUUUAUGUUGUUAGACGUUUAGCAUUUUAUUUUAUUGUGAAUUCAUUUUUGUUUG